UUCCACGGGUCGGUGCAAGCUGUGCAGGCAAGGUCACAGAGAUGGAGCUUGACGAGCAUGGCUUCUUGGAAGAGCUGCUCUCACUGAGAAGAGACGCGUGGGACUCGUUCCCCGCAGGAAUGGGCGAGUUGUUCUCCUGUGACGGCGGAUUCGACUGCUUCCAGCAGAGCCCCGCGCUUACGGCCCCGAGCUUGACGGCGUUCGAUGCCGUGCCGCCUAAUUUCGACUGCUUGAGUGAAGUGUGCUGUCCACCCGGCGGCGUGUACUCCUCGUCGGCGGGGGCGCCGUCGGAGAUCCAGUCCUCGUCGGUUCUGUCGACGCUGGACGACGCCGAGUUUGGUCUCGUCCGAGGGGAGUGGCGGUCCACGGAGGCGCCACCGGCGAUGUUUGGAUUGAGCGGCUGUGUGGAGAGGAAGAAGAAGAGGCUCGAAGGGAUGCCUUCGAAGAACCUGAUGGCGGAGCGGCGGCGGAGGAAAAGGCUUAACGAUAGGCUCUCCAUGCUGAGAUCCGUCGUCCCUAAGAUCAGCAAGAUGGACAGGACAUCCAUUCUCGGGGACACCAUCGACUACAUGAAGGAGCUCCUGGAGAGGAUCAAGCGCUUGCAGGAGGAGAUCGACGUCGGUCCUGAGCAGGCGAAACUACUGAGCAUCUUCAAGGAGUUGAACUCCAACGAGAUCCUAGUGAGGAACUCCCCCAAGUUCGACGUCGAGAGAAGAGACGACGACACCCGGAUAGAGAUUUGCUGCGCCGCCAAGCCAGGUCUGCUGCUUUCCACGGUGAGCACACUGGAGGCCCUGGGACUGGAGAUCCAACAGUGCGUCGUGAGCUGCUUCAAUGACUUCGGCAUGCAAGCUUCUUGCUCCGAGGUCACGGAUCAGAGGGCAGCCAUUAGCGCCGAGGACAUAAAGCAGGCACUCUUAGGGAGUGCAGGCUAUGGGGGAAGGUGUUUGUAGGAGAAGCAGACUGCUGAGCCAUGUUCAUCUCCAUCUCCCAAGAAUUUGUGUCGAUCUGCUUCACAUGCUGGUGAGAGCUGAUCCAUGUAUCAAUGCGAGGAAGUUUUGUGCUUAUGAUCCUUGACAAGAUUGUUGUAUGCUUGCAUCUCCCGACCAAACUUGCUGUGUUCUUUCUGGAACAAAUCUCCACCAAAAGAUUGAAGAUGAAGUUGUAUGCUACUACUACAUUUGUUCGUCAAUAUCUUGAUCACUCAGACAUGGAUAUUGUGGCCUUCUAAGAAAUCUCCAUCAGCACUCGAUUCA